AUGGCAGCCAGUAAAACCAAAUAUCCACUGGGCUCCCCUCAAGAGCAUAUUGAAAUGUGCAAAAGUCAUGUUUUACCUAUUGAUGUUAUUUGUGAGGACUGUGAUGAAUUCAUUUGUGGCAAGUGUACAAAAACAGACCAUAAGGAACAUGAAUGGAACACUCUACCCACGGCAGCCACCCAAAGGAGAAGAGAUCUGCUAAUAUUUCUUACACAGAUCAAAGAAGGGGAUCUGCUUGGGAUUGAUGAGAAGAUACGGAAGGUUUCAAAACAGAUCACAGAAAAUGAAGAACUCUGUGACUCUGAGAUUAAAAAACUUCAGAAGCAUGUUGAUGGGAUAAUGGCUAAAUUGACGGAAAUCAGGGGAAAAAAUGAACGAGGAUUGAGAGGAUUUGGAGGAAAAAAAUAA